CUUUCCCUUCACCUACUGCCCAUGCGUCAAUGCGCGAUUUUUUUCACAUCCUGCUGGUCCUGUGUCUCUUCUGUCUGUAUCUGCCCAGCCCCGCUUCCUACCGCCUGUUGGACAUUGCAGCCAGCAGCACGGUGCUGUCCGCUGGGCAAGCUUACCUGCUCCAGCCCAGGGAUCUGAAGAACAAGCCGUCUAGGCUCAUUCCCCAAUCCUCUCGCCUACUCAAACCUGUCCGGUCUCAGGCCGGUUUCGUUUUAUUUAUUUAGCGUUUGUUGUUACUGCUUCUGGGAGCCAUCAUGGCAAUGAGACAGACCCCGCUGACUUGCUCUGGACACACUAGGCCAGUGGUUGACUUGGCUUUCAGCGGAAUCACUCCGUACGGAUAUUUCCUAAUCAGUGCUUGUAAAGAUGGCAAACCUAUGCUGCGCCAGGGAGACACAGGGGACUGGAUUGGAACGUUUCUGGGUCACAAGGGUGCUGUCUGGGGAGCCACCUUAAACAAAGAGGCCACCAAGGCGGCCACUGCUGCGGCAGACUUUACUGCCAAAGUGUGGGAUGCAGUGACUGGGGAUGAAAUCCUCUCUCUUGCCCACAAGCACAUCGUCAAAUCUGUAAACUUCACUCAGGACAGCAAUUACCUUCUAACUGGUGGACAUGAUAAAGUGUUGCGCAUUUAUGACUUGGGCAAGCCGGAAGCAGAACCUCAGGAGAUCAGCGGACAUACGUCGGCCAUUAAGAAAGCACUCUGGUGCAACAAUGACAAGCAGAUCCUCUCGGCCGCUGAUGAUAAAACAGUGUGCCUGUGGGAUCGGAGCAGCAUGGAGGUGGUGAAGACUCUGCCCUUCGACACCUCAGUCAGCAGCAUGGAGUACAUUCCAGACGGGGAGGUGCUCGUCAUCUCCUAUGGAAAAACAGUGGCAUUCUACAACGCGCUCAGUCUGGAGUUGAUCAAGACGGUUGAUGCCCCGGCUUCAGUGUACUCUGCUUCUCUUCACCCCGAAAAGGAUUUCUUUGUUGUUGGAGGAGACGAUUUCAAACUCUACAAAUACGACUACAACACUAAAGAGGAACUUGAAUCCUACAAGGGGCACUUCGGCCCAGUUCAUUGUGUGCGGUUCAGCCCGGAUGGAGAAUUGUAUGCCAGCGGUUCUGAGGAUGGAACAUUGAGACUCUGGCAAACUGCAGUUGGCAAAACCUACGGCUUGUGGAAAUGUGUACUUCCCGAGGAGCUGGUUUCUGAGAACUCGGACGCACUCUACAGCACUGUUCCCGAAAUGAAGGCAUGAGCACCACAGCACCAUGUGCAUGAGAUGGGAAAAACAACAAGAGAGCGGACUGCCCUGGUUCCUUUGGAUAUGCAGACCAAAACUUGGACUACAUGGUUACGAAACUGUGUCCUGGUGGAGUGGAAACUCCUCCUCCUCACCUCCUUGUCUUCAGGCAUUUGCGGUAACUGUACUGGCUAGCUAACUACUGGCACGCUGAGAGUGUUUGUCUGGAAUGGUAAAAGAAAGAAUAAGGCAAGUAGUAGACCUGUGUUCACCUGCACAGCUGCCUGCUGCCUUCUCUGUUGGCAAUACUGCACCUGUGGGAUGUGCCAGUAUUUCCAACGCCGUAGCCAUGUUUACUGUUUUUUUUUUUUUUUUUUCUCUUUGUUUAAAAUCUAGAAAGCGGAAAUUUUUUGCUGGUGCUUGCAAGUUUCUAUGAGGCAGGAGGAUUUUGUUUUAUUGAGAUUUACUGGAAAAGAAUGGAACGAGAGGAGGCAGGUGUUUUUUUUUUUUUUUUUUUUUUUUUGGUUCUUCGCUUUUGUUUUACAAAGACUUCUGUUUAAUGUCAGCUGUGAUUUCUAUUGUCAAAUGGACAAAAAUACUAAUAGAUGUUUAAAUGUUGUACUUUUUCUUAUUUUUCUGGUCUGUUGUGAAAUGUCGUGUGUUUUUUUUUUUUUUUUUUU